AUGAAGUGCCUUUUGGUUUUACUGAUUUGGCUAGUUUGGCACAAGGGAUCGGCCAGCUUUCUGGAUGAGGAUUGUGCAUUAAUAAGGUCCUCUGAUGUUGACUUUAGAGUAUCCCGUGGCCAUCGAGCUAAAUUAGGCGACACUCCCUGGAUGGCCGUAGUAAGCAAUCAAAACGAUUUCCUAUGCGGUGGCACGCUGAUUACCGAAAAAUUUGUGCUGACAGCCGCGCACUGUAUAUACUAUAAUCAGGAUCAAUUGUCUGUGAAACUGGGAGUAUACCACAGUUCGUGCGCCACACGAAGGUGCAGAGGUGUGAAACACUAUAACAUAGUUCGCGCCAUUAAACAUAUUGAUUAUAAUCCAGAAGACAGUACGAAUGAUAUUGGCCUGCUGGAACUUGACUCUGAAGUGCGGUACAACAACCACAUCCGGCCGAUCUGUAUCGUCACUGAUGACGCGAUAAAUAUGAACAAUAUCAAUGCAUUUACUGCCUUUGGCUGGGGUAAAACGGAGACCGGACAAGCUAGCGAGGUACUGAUGGCCGUCAGGCUGUUCCGCCGUGCCUCAGAGGAGUGCCAUUUUGAGCUUAUGCAUCAAGUCAGGGAACAUCAAAUCUGCGCCGGCAGCGCAACGGGUGACACCUGCGAAGGUGAUUCCGGAGGACCGUUGGCCUUCCAUGACGGGGAACGAUACAUCCAGGUGGGCAUAGUCAGUUAUGGUUUGAAAUUGUGCAAUGCUUCUGGGAUUUACACGGACGUAACGAGAUACAAGGACUGGAUUGUGACCAACACAAGGAAAAAUCGAAGGGGAAAUAUUAAAAGAUAUUGA